CUCCUGGCCGCGCCCGCUGCCCGCGCGAUCCGUGCCCAGGUGGUCGCGGUGCCGCAGCCCCAGCACCCGGCGCCCGGCUCCCGGCCAGUGAACACCACCCGGACCGGGUCGGGGGCGGCGGCGGUGACGGGCGGCGGUGGCAGCUCCAACAGCAGCGGCGACGCCCUGGUGACCCGCAUCUCCAGCCUGCUCCGCGACCUGCCCACCCUGAAGGCGGCCGUGAUCGUGGCGUGCGCCUUCACCGCCUUCCUCAUCGCCUGCCUGCUGCUGCGCGUCUUCAGGUCCGGAAAGAGGUUGAAGAAGACCCGCAAGUAUGACAUCAUCACCACCCCGGCUGAGCGCGUGGAAAUGGCCCCGCUGAAUGAAGAGGAUGAUGAGGAUGAAGACUCCACAGUAUUCGACAUCAAAUACAGGUAAAACCUGUUUCCCAGCGUGUUGGCAUCCUGUGGAAAGUUGGUCAGCUGCACCUGGGCGGGAAGGAUCUGGAAGCUGUCUUGUCCGAGGUGUUGAAACCAAAACAAACAUUAUUUAUGAAACUGGCACAUUUGUGUGUGUCGAACGUCUGCUCAGAACGUCACCGCAGGAGAAUCGCCUCUCCCUUCCUCUGGACACCACUUCAAAAUGUUGCCCCUUUUUCCUCCUCAAGGGGCUUCUGCCUUGCCAAGGGGCACAGGGCAGAAACGUGUUGACUUAAAAAAUAUUAACUUGAAAGCAACUGUUGACAAAAGUAAAAGAGAUCAGAAGUUAUGAAGAACCUCAAGAAGGAUAUCCAUCUGUGCAGUGAGGUGUUCUGACAUUCUGCUCUCUGGAUCUGUGACGUGCGAGAUGUCUAACCCUUUGGACUUUUGGGUUUGGUCAGGUUCUGGCCUUCUGUUGGGAAUGGCUGUGUUCAGAGUGAGAGUCCUUGGAGCUGGUCAGCCCAUAGCAGAAGUAUAUACAUGUUUGUGGCUCCUUUUCUUUUUCUUCUUUUGUUUAAAGGGUUCAGCAGAACUGGGCAUGGCUAGUUCAUAAAGGAUUUUGAAUAUCAGGGAAAAAAUAUAUGUGUGUAUGUGUGUACCUCUAAAGUAAUUUCUUCUUGUCUGAAGGAAAAAGAAUGCACUAGAGGCGGCCUUUGGUUAGUAACAUCCUGUGUGUGUCUCUGUGCCUGUCGUAGUUCUUACAUCGUCGGUCUUAGACAUCUAAUUGCAAAAUAUCACUGUGGACAUUUCAA